GAGCUCGUUCGAGGUAAAAAAUUAGCGUGCGUAUUCAUUGUCAACGCCUUAAUAAAUUUAUCAUGCAGAUUAUUAAUAUUGACAAAUGGUUAUCGAUGAUCUCUGGCUCGCACGAGAAUCAAUGCUCGUGCGAUCGGCACGAACUGAGAAUAUUACAAGCUCGCACCUUCUCGUUCCAGGAACACGUGGAUAAUGCACACUGAUCUCGACUACGCUCGGCUUUACACUCAAGCACGUGUGUGUUUUUCGUAAGGAAAUCGAUCCGCGAGCACGCGCUACGUGUAAACAGAUAGUCGCAUUGUAACUGUUUAUCUUUAUUAUUCAUAUCUCAUUUAUUAGUGCAUUGCCCAUAACUACUUGCUGACAAGUCGUAUCCUUGAAUAUUUUAUCCGCACGCCCGACUCGCUCUGCGAUCGCUUAUCUGAUCUCAUCGACAAGUACACCGAUCUAGAGAUAGUAAAUGUUGAUUCGAAAAAUCUAGGAUAACAAUUGUAGCGGAAAGUAUAAUAAGAAAAAUUGAUUUUUCACGAAAAUUGUAUGACUCAAGUCACUUUCCAAUCCACGGACAAAUCUAUUUUCUUUUUACGUUAACAUUUUAACAUUUCUGUUUCGUAAAACGUAACAAGGUACUGACAAACGUCGCACUGGACAUCAAAACUAAGUAAAAUAUACUAAAUAAAUUACGUAUAUUUGUGCAAAGGAAAAUUUUACCCAAUUCAUCAAAUAAUUCAGUGAAAAUCAAUUUACUCUUGUCAAUCUACGUAAUUUAAUUAACGUACGACUUGUAUCGAUUUCUUUGAUUCACUUUCCAGACUAUUUCAGAAAAACAAUAAAACUUUAAAUUUCAAAGAAGAAAACUUUAGAAGGGAAAGAAGAACGUUGACAAGAAUGAUUUAAAGAUAAAUUUUCCUACAGAUUUACACGCAACGAUUCUUUACUCUAAUUAACUUCAGAAUUCAAAGUCCCAAUUAACGCAGAAGCGAUUUUGCCACAACAAUCGACAAUCAACAGUGUUUAAAUAACAGGCCGCCACUUAAGAGACGCAGACAAUUAAGAGACGCUGCAAUUUGCAUAAAGAAAAAGAAAAAAUAACGCAAUCGAUCCGACGAGUGUGCAUCGCACACACGCAUUUCAUUCUCGAAGAGCGGAGUCGCACUUGGUUCGUAAGUGGUCUAGGCAGCUAUCUGAUCAGACAUGCGUCGCGGCGCAACGGCGGGUAAUCGCUCUCAAGUUGGAUUCAAGCUGGUCUUUCUUCGUUAGCACUAGUUGCGAUACUCGUGUGGCGGGUUUCAGUCUCGCCAAACUGUCGUCGUCUUCAGUCGUCGUCCUGGUCCUCUGAAUGCUUACGAGACUCGCAAUCAACAGGAUUUCACGUGGGUACCACACAUAGUCCCCGAAGAACUCAAAAGCGUUGCCUCCGGAAAACUGUCGGCAAUAAUUAAAAAUAAUUUAAAAAUUAAUUGGAAAACGGUAAUUGAAAUUUAGGAGAUUUUAAUACGCGUGAGUCGCGAAAGCUUCUGUCACAUUUUAUUGAACAUUGUGAAAACUUAAUAUCAUUUUCGAUUAAAGUAGAGAGAUUAUUAAAAUCUUCUUCGAUUAAUCCGGAACAGAGUUGUAAAAGGACUGGAUAAUUAUAAUAAUUAUUCUGAUAAUGUUCUGUGUGUGUAAACGCGCAUUUCAGGAAUUAAACAUUUGUCUGAAACAAAUUUAAUAUUCGCAUGUUUUUCUCUCUCCAUUUUCCCAUUUUUCGUGCUCGUUGUUCUGAUAAAUAAAUUCGAAUAAUCUUUCAUAUUCCGAGGAGGAACGGCAAUAUUAAAUUAUCGAUUAAAUAAUCUCGAAAUUCAAUUAAACCGCGGCAAUAAAUCUGCAAAUGCGCAUCAACGUGGCGGUGUGGCACCAAAGAGAAGAGUACUACAAAAUCGAUUAUUAUUUGCAGCGUGCGCGCGUGUUAGUGUGCGUCGAACCGAGAUUGAUAGUGAACGAUUGAUAAGAAUCAACCGUUGAGGCCAGUUGUCACGAGUCUUUAAUGAAAAAAACAUGAGUUAUGUAAACCGCGCUCGGAAUAACAUGAUAAUCUGAUAUCUGAUGAUCCAGAUGACGCGUUUGCAACAACAGUGCAUCCGUACAUCGUUGACAUAAAAACAAGACAAGGGAAAUAUUAAUAAUGUAUUUUGCAUAUCUUCAUACAUCUCAUUCGUCGAUAACUCUCUUUUUCUUUUCUCUUGAUUUCUGCAAAGAGAAGCGCUGCAGUGACGCGUUGACGUUCGUUCAGUAGCACGUAUGGCAAAUAAUUUCGCUUUGCGCGAGAUGAAGCUUAAUAAUGGGAUGGUGGAUUCCCUGAAUAUCAACCUACUUCCAAAGGAAGCCUGCCAUGAUGCCAUGAUGUUGAAGACGAAGCGGAUGCUGACUGCGAGUUCUAAGAGAAACAGCGCAACUGGCCAGAAACUGCCGUUCCUGAUACGACAGAGAAAGGACAGGAUAAAGGAGAUGGAGACCGAAUUUUCCCAGUCCUUCCCCCCGGGCCCGCCGAAGACACAGUCAUUCUUCCGUAGCAGUUUCCGCAACGAGCACUUCUCGUCUGCGAGCAACAAUGAUCCAGAGAGCUUUCACUGUGCGAUAGGGCCCGUGCUGGUGUUGGCUCAGUUCUUCGGUGUCUUACCGGUAUCAGGAGUGCUCAGGCCAACCCCGCUGAAAAUGAAAUUCGUGAAAUUCUCGUUUCUUACUUUUUACGCCGCUUCCAUAACCGCGACGGUUCUCGUUAUGGCGAUACUGUCGAUCAUCCACAUGAUAAGAACGCUGAACGCCAAGACUUUCGCAGUGAAAGGCGGGAUUGCAGCUGCAAUGUCAGGCGCGAUGUUUUACGGGAACUGCAUGAUGGGCUUAAUCUUGUUCUUCUGGCUGUCGCCGCGCUGGGUGACUCUCCAGCGUGACUGGAGAUCCAUGGAGCAGUUCAUAGACAGUAAUAAAAUGCAGCGGCCGAAGCUUCGUUGGAGAUUGUACGCGAUUUCCAGUACCAUUCUGUUCUUGGCCGUCAUUGAGCACAUCUUGAGUAUAGCGGUGAACGCUGAAAAACAUGAUUAUAAAAAGGGCUCGGAGAACGCGACCUUUCAAGAUUUUCUACAGAUAUACUGUGAGAAUUCUCAUGCGUUCAUCUUGGAUACAGUGGCGUACAACUUCGCGCUCGGCAUGCUCAUUUUCAUCGUCAGCAAGCUGGCGACUUUCACGUGGAACUUUACUGACGUUUUCGUCAUGAUGGUUGCCACCGGUCUGGCCGAAAGAUACAAAAUGUUGAACAAAGACGUGAUGAAUUCCACAUCGAAGCAUCGAAAUGCAAUCGAUUGGUCCGGAUAUCGCGAAGAUUACGCCGCCCUGAGUUGCAUGGUGAAAAAGGUGGACAGCGAUAUUGCCCCCAUAAUCCUCCUGUCAUUCGCGAACAAUCUUUAUUUCAUCUGUUUGCAGUUACUCAACGGAUUGUCUAAGUCAGAAAACAGCAUUCUCGAUAACGUUUACUUCUUCGGGUCCUUCAUAUUCCUCGUCGGGAGAACGGUGACCGUCACUUUGCUCACUUCUAGGAUCAACGAUCAAAGCAAAUUGGUGUUGCCGGCUUUAUAUAAUUGUUCGGCAUCCACCUACAACGUAGAGACAGAAAGACUGAUUUAUUUACUCACCACCGACGAAAUCGCACUUACGGGGUUGCGCUUUUUUUCUAUCACGCGGAAUUUCAUGCUGGCGAAUGCAUUCACCAAAUACACUUGCAGGUGGCUAGUGCAAUUGUGACGUAUGAGAUCGUGCUGCUGCAAUUCAACGUUUCAACGAAGACAUAAUGACGUUUACAACAAGAAGAAUAUCACAAAUUGGGAUAUAAGUAUUUGCAUUUAUUUCAAUUAAUCUAUAUUUAUUAACUUUAAUUAUUAAUCAUGAUACAUCUGCGAUUAUAUCAUAUAUAUAUAUAUUUUUUUUCAUAAAUGUAUUUUAUAAGAACGCGAGAACAGUUAACGGGCAAGACUUGAAAUGGAUACUGUGAUUUUGUAAGAAACCUAUGUAAUAUAACUGUUGCUAGAAAGAAAGAGAAAGAGAGAAAUCGAUUGACUGCGAAUUAUAAUAAAUGUUUUCUUAAUUUUUAA